UUGAAGUGUAAUAUUUGGAAUACAUUAAAAGUUUAUGGGCUUGUUCAUUAGUUUACUUGACUCCAUAGUCGAAAGUUUCUUCGUCCACGCAUCUCUCUUUCAAAUGUCAACCUAACCUUCCACGAAACCAGACUCUAUUCAAUCGAUAGACCAAAGAAAAACCCAUAUCACUUAUUAUAAACUUUACCCACUACAAAUACAAACUCCAAAGGAGAAAACAAAAGCCACAAGCCAAAACCCACCUUUGUAUUCCCUCAUCAUCCAAAACCAUGGAAUUUUUCACCAAAGCCAGAGCCAUCAAGCUCCGAAGCCACAACAACAAAUACCUAGUAGCAGACGACGACCAAAAAACAAUCCGCCAAAGCCGAAACAGUUCCUCAACUAAAUCCCGAUGGAUUAUCGAACUAGUGGAGGGUGGAUCUUCAAUCAGACUGAAAAGCUGUCAUGGGUUCUAUCUAACAGCCACAAGUGAAUCCUUUCUAUUAGGUAUGACUGGAAACAAAGUAAUCCAAUCACAACCGGAUAGUCUUAAAGAAUUGCCUAUUGAAUGGACACCCAAAAGGGUUGGUCCUAAAGUUGAGUUAAGGUCGUUUGGUGGAAAGUGUCUUCGUGCUAAUGGUGGACCACCUCCAUGGAGGAAUUCAGUGACCCAUGAUGAACCACAUAUGAAUUCAACUUUGAAUUGGGUUUUGUGGGAUGUGGAACCAAUUGAAGUGCCUGAGAAUGGAUCGAUGAAGGAGUAUUUGUCGAUGAUGUCGACUGUGUCUUCAGUUUCUGAUGAUUUAUUGUCGGAACUUGGAUCGCCGGUCUCUCCUCGGUCCAACUAUAAUUCACCUAGACCGUCUUUCAUGGAGAAAAACUCACAUAGAUUUUCGAUUAACAAGGCAAUAAACUUAUUUGAAAACGCAAAGGCAGUGCGCCUGCUUAGCCACCACGGAAAGUACCUUCAUGCUGACGAAGAUCAAGAAUCAAUCACACAAGAUCGAGAUGGUUCAUCAAAGACAGCCCGCUGGACAGUUGAGUUUGUUCCUGGUGCCGACAAAGUUAUCCGACUUAGAAGUUACAACAACAAAUACCUAACCGCCUCCAACAUUCCCUUCCUCCGCGGUUUGUCAGGAAGAAAGGUAGUUCUAACGGUUCCCCAUCGCCUCGAUUCCUCUGUGGAAUGGGAACCAAUACAUGAAGGUAACAAGGUCAAACUCCGAACACGAUAUGGUCAGUUCCUUCGCGCAAACAAUGGUCUCCCACAUUGGAGAAAUUCAGUCACACAUGAUAUUCCUCGUCGAACUAGUACCCAAGGUUGGAUCCUCUGGUCUGUAGAUAUUCUCGAGAUCCUCCCAAAGAGUACUCGUCCUCAAGAAAUUAGUAACAAUGAAACUCCUAGCACAAAAAUACAAGAGCAAGAACAAGAACAAGAACAAGCACAAGCUAAAACACAAGCACAAGUAAAAAUAGUUGAUGGGCGGACUAUAUAUUACAAAAUAGCGGAUGAAUCGGGGAAUAUAGAAGAUGAAGUAGAGGAAAUGUGUUUUACAUUUAGAGGAAACGGAGUAGAGGACUUGAGUCGACAAUUGGAGGAGGAGAUUGGAAUUGAGGAUCUCAUUGUUUGUUCCCGAAAUCCUUUGAAUGGAAAGCUCUUUCCUCUCAUGUUGCAACUCCCUCCAGCAAGUGUCGUCUUACACCUCAUUGUGGUUCCGGCCGAUUCAAAAGUGGGCCGAGACCUUGAAAGGCGAGGAAUGGUCCUCUGAUUUAGAUAUCCAAGAUUUUGUGCAACAUUCUUUUUUUCUUGUGGGGUUUCUUGAUCUAUUUAGUCGUGAGUUCUUGUGUACAAUUGAUAUGUCGAAACUUCAUCGUCUAUUGUUCAUCUCCUCUUGUCCUCUUGUAAAUGACAUUACUCAUGGUUUGAUACAUAUAUAUAUAUAACAAUGUCAAAUGUUGUAUUUGUUAUUCAAA